GCAGUAAACAGUCUGCUCAGAAUACGCACGUUGAACGGUCGUGUGUUUCUUUAAACUCGCCCCACUUUCUCGUGUUUACUUCCGAGUUCCGGAAAAGUACUCAAGCCGGAUGAAUAAGUGACGGAAUCUUAAUAUUCGUCCUUAACCGUCGAUAAAGGUCGAAACAGCCAAGUGUCAUAUCAGUUCUAGAUACGUGGAGUUGGCACCGCCCAUCGAUUCAGUCAUAUAUUCAGUGAUGAUUCUAAAUCAUUAAGGACUUUUUAAUAAUAGUGAAGUCACAGAUGAACUAGGAUUGUGAAUUUUGAACGUAUUCCAUCAGUCAAAAUGACGCCGGGUGUUAAGGAUAGAAAAAUUCUGGGACAGAGCAACAACAAUGUGCUUCCAUUGUUGCCGAGGACGACGGUGUGUUUGGAAUUUAAAAAUAUAACAUGCACUAUAAAUUCCUUCUCCCUCAACAUGUGCCGCUUUGAACAGAAAUGUAUUUUAAAAGGCGUCAAUGGGUGCCUAAAACCCGGUGAAUUGACAGCCAUCAUGGGACCCUCCGGAGCUGGCAAGACAACCUUGUUGAAUAUCCUCGCUGGUUACUCUACAAAAGGUGCGAAAGGCGAAAUAUCUGUGAACGGGAUUAGUUCCUGUGCUUCGAAAUCAACGGGCCGUGGCAGUGCUCGUUACAUUCGACAGAACGACGAUCUCCGAGUACAUCUUACCGUCUACGAAUGCAUGUCACUCGCUGCCGCUCUCAAACUAGCCGACUUCGCUUCACAUGAACGCAAAGAGAAAGUAUACGAAGUUCUUGCUCUCCUCGGCUUAAGUGGAACGACACAGACUCUAUGUAGAGAUUUAUCUGGAGGUCAGAAAAGACGGCUUGCAGUCGCACUUGAAUUGUUAUCGGACCCUUCUUUAUUGUUCCUUGAUGAACCGACCACCGGUCUAGAUUCGUCUGCAUCGGCGUCUCUUAUCGCGUUACUAAGCGGUCUGGCAAAAGGUGGCAGAACCUUGGUGGCCACUAUCCACCAGCCCUCAGCGCUGCUAUUUGAGAACAUAGACACUGUGUACUGUCUCGCUGCUGGUAAUAACCUGUACUCCGGACCCCGUGAACAUCUUCUGCCUGCACUCGCUUCCGCUGGAUUAAGAUGUCCACCAUACCACAACCCAGCCGAUUUCUUAAUGGAGGUAGCGUCGGGAGAACACAAUAUUGACUUGAAACAAGCUGCAAAAACGAUGCUUCAAUACAAACCAGAAUCCACAUCAUCGACGGAGUUUGAUGACAAUGUACCAGUACUUUCAACGUUCUCAAAUUCUCUUAGCAUUGACACAGAAAUGAAAGAUAAACAACUACGAAGCAAUAAGAAGCAUCAAAAGAAUUUAGCGAAACAUAUUUAUAGACCUUCGAGUAGUUGGCAACAGACUUGGAUCUUACUUUAUCGGAAUUACCUUAUAACAACCAGGAAUUAUUCUCUCUUCAUGUAUAGAGUUGCAGCUCACGUAGUUAUAGCUCUAAUAUUUGGUUAUCUAUACCUCGGUGUCGGAAGUGAGGCGAGCAGCGUGCUCGGUAACUACGUCUAUCUCUAUGGAUCUAUGCUACUAGUUGUGUAUACCGGCAAGAUGUCUGUCACAUUGUCUUUUCCACUCGAAAUGGAUAUACUUAAAGGCGAAUACUUCAAUCGAUGGUACAACUUAGGACCUUAUAUAUUUUCAGUUUUAGCCGUCGAAUUACCGUUUCAGAUGUUAUCUUGUGUAUCAUACGUGGUGCUUUCCUACUGGCUGACUGAUAAUCCUCUAGAACCUCAACGAGCUACUUUGUUUCUUGCGACGGUCGUGGCUACGUCGCUAUGUGCCCAGGCUUGGGGAUACUUUAUAGGUUCGACCACACCGACAAAGAUCGCUGUAUUCAUUGGUCCAGUGCUGGCAUGUCUUUUCUCCGUGUUUGGAUUUUGUCUCUCUCUUCGGGACACUCCUUACUCCUUUAGAUGGCUUCAUCACAUAUCAUAUUUUAGAGCGGGCUUUCAUGUCGCCGUCCACUCUGUUUAUGGAUUUAAUAGAACCAAAAUGCAUUGUUCCAAAGAAUAUUGCCAUUACAUAACUCCAAACAAAUUCCUUGUAGAAAUGGAUAUGGCUAACAUAGACGUGGGCAUCAAUAUGGCAAUAGUGCUAGCUACCACAGUACUAAUGCACGUUCUAACUUGCACUAUCCUGUGGUAUCGACUUAACAAGAGAUGAAUUGAUCUGAAAUGACUGAUUUAGGUAUACGAUAAUAUGUGAUAAGAUAAUAUAUUACGAUAUGUUAGGGACACUCCUGGAAAACGUACCUAGUGGAUACCUAAGCGUAUGUUUAUUAUUGAGGAAACAAAAUUUUUACGCGAGUAUUUAAGUCAAUAAAAACCCUAAGUUGUGUAUUGAAUUAUUCCACCUUGUUUUACCUCAAAGUUUGCUCUAGUUAUAAAUGGUAUGUGGCUUAGAGAUAAGGAUUUUUAUUAUUGAUUUGUAUUUCAAAUACAGGUACGAGAUUUACUUUUCUUUAAAAUGUCAGUUACUCCUUGUAAUGUAUGUGUUUGUCUGUCUAUCUGAGACCUCGUAUCUUUUAAAUAGGUCGACCGAUUUGAAUGCCGUUUUAGUUAUUUGAAAGAAAGUUUCGUCACGGCAUUUCUUAGCUAUGUUUGGUUAUAAAUGGUAAAGAGUACCAGCUGUUUUCUUAAAUCAUAUAAGGAAUAUUUCGCCAAUGAUUACUUGAUAAAAUACCUUAGUGCCAGUAAAAUCGUUAAAUGACAAUUAAUACGUAGGGGUAUUCUAAAAAUUUUAUAUUAUUUAGUUAUUAGAUAAAAGUUUUGAUUAUUUUUUUAUGAAAAUACAAAUUAUCAGUGAGCUUAUAUUAUUGGUUUUAAGCCUAUAAAAUUAUAAUUGUUUAUAUUUUAUAAAAAAAAUACUUCAUUCAUGGUUACUAUAAUUCAUAGUUUUAACUAUAACAUUCGACUUCAGAAGACUUGUUACAAAAUAGUAACCGAAUAAGAUCAAUAUUUUUAUAUAUAAUAUAUAUGACAAUGUAUCUACGCAUUUGUUUGCAGAAUAUUUGGUAAAAUUAUAAAUAGAAAUUGUUAUUCAUAGUUAAAUAAAUAAUUAAUGUAAACAUAACUACAGUUUAAGACAUUACAGAUUAUGUCAUCUUGCCCCUAAAUAAAAGUUGUAUAUAAAAAUAAUUUCUUGAAAAGAAAUAUUGUAUAUAUUUUUUUAAUAAAAAUCAGUAUUUAA